GAAAUAUAAAGCUCGUGUUUGUAUCUCAGGUGUAAAAACUAUGACGUAACCUGCACGCUUUUUUUCUUUUGGCCUUCGUGAAACGCUUCGGCGGCACUCGUGUGCACUCGGCUUUGUCCGGCGCGAAGACUUGUAGCAAAACAAAGAACGAGGAGAGGCCAUUCUUUCUUCGGCGGCUCUUUCGUUUGAAAGGACAACAGUCUGUGUUACACUUUUGUGUGUUUCUUUGCGUUGCCGAGUCUUCUUGUGGCCCGCACUCUUGUGCUCGCCGUCCCGUGACUCUUCGGGUCAAUUCGGCUGUUGUCGUUCGCCGGAGGAAUGGACGAGACGGAGUCGGCGACGAAGGCGCUCGGGCUGCAUGAACCGCCCAUCGUCGGCGAGCCCUCGGCGGUGGGCUCGGAUACCGAGUCGGACGCCGAAGUUGCCACUAUGGCGGUGAUGGCGGCGCCGGGAAACAUCGACCUGGAAGCCGAGUCCCUGCCGAACUCCGACGAGGCCGAGUCGGCUUUUGCAGACGUUUCCACGGUAACGUCAGACGUUCAAGCCGAUGACGACGACAGCGUUUUCAACACCACAGUGGACGCCGCUGCAAACCUCCCUGAACACGUGCUGAGCGGGAGGACCACCCUUGAACUGCAGACGGACCCUCUCAGCAGCCAGAAGACAACUUUGAUCGUGGUCCACAGAGACUCUGGCAUCAUGGACGACACCUGCCUCAAGUCCACCUCCACUAUCUCGGACCCGCCGACUCCGCCCACCCCACUGACUCCUCCCCAAGACAAAGACUCCGCCUCCAAGUACAACUGGGAUCCUUCAGUGUACAACAACGAGCUUCCUGUGCGCUGCAGAAACACCAGCGGGGUCCUCUACAAGAACCGCCUGGGUUCAGGGGGUCGAGGUCGCUGCAUCAAACACGAGCAGCAGUGGUUGACGCCCACAGAGUUCGAGGGUCUGGCAGGUCGGGCGAGCAGCAAAGACUGGAAGAGGAGCAUCAGAUAUGCAGGAAGACCUCUGCUCUGCCUCAUCCAGGACCGCAUGUUGAACCCUCACGCCGCCUCGUGCACCUGUUCCGCCUGCUGUGACGACAUCACUUUGUGUUCCAAGGAGGGCGAGAGUGUGGAAGCAGAAGCCAUCACCAUGAACGGUCCAGUCCGCCUCUUCGUGCCCUACAAGAGGAGGCGGAAGGAAGUGGAGUCGCCUUCCCUUCCCAGCAAAAAGGAAGUUCCUGCAGCCAAGAACAUCACGCUGACCUCUGGGAUCACAUUCACGGUCAACCCCACGGGCCACAUCACUUCCCCCGGCACGCUGACCUUUGAACGCCUCGCCAACAACGACGCCAGCGCCGCCAUCAUCGCAGACGCCUCGGCGCCGAGCGACGUGUUCGCCGGCACGGCAGUGCUGACAGCCUUGCCGGCCCUGGCGGUGUCCCCCCAGGCCAAGAUGGCGUUGGCGACCCCCUCGGCCUCGCUGGUCAGGACGCUGGAGGCGGCGGCCAUGGUGCCGUCGCUGAGCGAGGUCCAGAAGAACCCCUGGCAGGGCCUGGAAGACCUGGCCAACACGCUGAUGAGCAACGUGCAGCAGCUGAAGGGGCUGAUCGACCAGGCCAAGAGGGACGCCGCUGGGGUCAAAGGUCAGAAGGAGUCGUUCCACAGUGGGAUGUGUUUCCACCCAUCAGACGAUCUAGAAGGCAAGCGGAGCUCGGACAUGACAGAACUCAUCAUUAAUCAGAUGUGUGUGAACUGUGGACGUCUGGCCUUGAACCAAUGUACUGGUUGUCAUAAAGUCAACUACUGCUCCCCCUUCUGCCAGAGGAAGGACUGGAAAGACCACCAACACUGCUGUCAGCCAGGAGGGGGAGGAGCCAUCCAGGAGGAGGAGCCAAUCAGCCUGGAUAAAGUCAAAUGACUCCUGCACAAAAAAGACCAGCUUGCCUGGAGACAUUUGUAUUUAUUUCCAAGAUGGACUUGAGGUGCAAAGACAGCGGCCUCUGGUGGCCAUGAAGGCCAACUACAAGUGGACUAGCAUGAUCUCAGGAGCUUUGCUGAAGGACACAAGUUGAACAUUUUGUCAUAACUAAAGAAGUCCCUGCCUCACGUGGCGUGGAAGGAGCAGCAGUGGCGGAGGAACUUCUUGAAGAACUUCCUGAACUCGGUGUUGAAGAUGGUGUAGAUGAUGGGGUUGAGGGCGCUGUUGACGUAGCCCAACCACGUCACCACGCUCAUGGCCGCCGCCGGCACGCGGCAACCUCGGCAGCGAGCUCUCAGCGUGUGGAGGACGAAGAACGGCGUCCAGCAGAGCAGGAAGACGCCUGCGUGGGGAGGAGAACGUCAAGACUCCUUCAAAAUAAAAGCAAACCCUCGCUUUGACAGUCAGCAAUCAUCGGUUGAGGAUGACUUCACAAUAAAAUCUAAGUGGCUUCAUUAGAUGUUGUC